AUGAGGAAAGCAAGCUCCCGGGCGCUCCAGAGCUCCCGGUGCUCAGCUUCCUCUUCGUCAUGCCGCUUCGCGACCAUUACCUCGUCAUCGCGCCGUGCCACUCCGAGGUCGCUUGCCGCAGCUCGCCGUCCCCUCGCCGUGACGACAAAGAGGCAUUAUGCCAAUGCCACCGACAACGCCCCGAGUCCCAACGAUAACUUCCUAUCAGGGAAUACCGCAAACUACAUAGACGAGAUGUACAUGCAGUGGAAACGGGAUCCCGACAGCGUCCACAUCUCGUGGCAGGUCUACUUCCGCAAUAUGGAGUCAGGCGAGAUGCCCAUAGAGCAGGCUUUCACCCCUCCUCCUCCCCUCGUUCCCAAUGCCACCCUUGGCGUCCCCCGUCUGUCCCAUGGUCCCGGUGGCGCGGAAGACUCGGAAGUUGCCAAACACCUGAAGGUCCAGCUUCUCGUCCGCGCCUACCAGGCUCGUGGCCACCACAAGGCCAAGAUCGAUCCCCUGGGCAUCCGCACCAACGAGAAUAAGGGCUUUGGUAACAUCAAGCCUAAGGAGCUGACUUUGGAACACUAUGGGUUUGCCGAAAAGGACCUCGACACCGAAUAUUCCCUCGGCCCUGGCAUCCUGCCCCGUUUCAAGACAGAAGGCCGGGAUAAGAUGACUCUCCGCGAGAUCAUUGACGCCUGCGAGCGUAUCUACUGCGGCUCCUGGGGCGUCGAAUUCAUUCACAUCCCCGACCGUGAGAAGUGUGACUGGCUGAGGGAACGCCUCGAGGUGCCCCGCCCUUUUCAAUAUAGUAUCGACGAAAAGCGCCGCAUCCUUGACCGCCUCAUCUGGAGCUCGAGCUUCGAGUCCUUCUUGGCUACCAAGUAUCCCAACGACAAGCGAUUCGGCCUCGAAGGUUGCGAGUCCCUCGUGCCCGGCAUGAAGGCCCUCAUCGACCGCAGCGUGGACUAUGGCGUGAAGGACAUUGUCAUCGGUAUGCCUCACCGUGGUCGCCUCAACGUCCUGAGCAACGUCGUUCGGAAACCCAACGAAUCCAUAUUUAGUGAAUUCGCCGGUACGGCCGGCGCUGAGGAGGAGGGUUCGGGUGACGUCAAGUACCAUCUCGGCAUGAACUUCGAGCGGCCCACCCCCUCGGGCAAGCGCGUCCAGCUCUCCCUUGUCGCCAACCCCUCCCAUCUCGAGGCCGAAGACCCCGUCGUUCUGGGCAAGACCCGCGCUAUCCAGCACUACAACCAGGACGAGGAUAAGCAUGAGACCGCUAUGGGCGUGCUCCUCCACGGUGACGCCGCCUUUGCCGCGCAGGGUGUCGUCUACGAGUGUCUCGGCUUCCACUCCCUGCCUGCCUUCUCCACGGGCGGCACCAUCCACCUCGUCGUGAACAACCAGAUCGGCUUCACCACCGAUCCCCGCUUCGCCCGUUCCACCGCCUACUGUACCGACAUCGCCAAGGCCAUCGAUGCCCCCGUAUUCCACGUCAACGCCGACGACGUCGAGGCCGUUAACUUCGUGUGCCAGAUGGCGGCCGACUGGCGUGCUGAAUACAAGCAGGACGUCAUCAUUGACCUGGUCUGCUACCGCAAGUACGGCCACAACGAGACCGACCAGCCGUCCUUCACCCAGCCCCUGAUGUACAAGCGCAUCCAGUCGCAUAAGUCGCAGAUCGCCACCUACGUCGAUAAGCUGCUCGAGGACGGCACCUUCACCCAGGAAGACAUCGACGAGCACAAGAAGUGGGUUUGGGGCAUGCUCGAGGACAGCUUCGCCAAGUCGAAGGAGUACCAGCCCACCUCGAAGGAGUGGACCACUUCAGCCUGGAACGGCUUCAAGUCGCCCAAGGAGCUCGCUACCGAGGUCCUGCCGCAUAACCCCACCAGCGUCGACCGCGAUGUCCUCCAGAACGUGGGCGAGAUUAUCGGCAGCGCCCCCGAGGGCUUCAACGUCCACCGCAACCUCAAGAGGAUUCUGGCCAACCGCAGCAAGUCCGUCAUCGAGGGCAAGAACAUCGAUUUCCCCACGGCCGAGGCCCUCGCUUUCGGCACUCUCGUCCGCGAAGGAAGCCAUGUCCGUGUAUCCGGCCAGGACGUCGAGCGUGGUACCUUCUCGCAGCGUCACGCCGUCUUCCAUGACCAAGAGACCGAAGACACCUACACGCCCCUCCAGCACAUUAGCGAGAAGCAGGGCAAGUUUGUCAUUUCCAAUUCUUCGCUCAGCGAGUUUGGCGCCCUCGGCUUCGAGUACGGCUACUCGUUGACCUCUCCGAACGCCCUGGUCAUGUGGGAGGCGCAGUUCGGCGACUUCGCCAACAACGCGCAGUGCAUCAUCGACCAGUUCAUCGCCUCGGGCGAGGUCAAGUGGAUGCAGAGGACAGGCCUCGUCAUGUCCCUGCCCCACGGAUACGAUGGCCAGGGUCCCGAGCACUCGUCGGCCCGCCUCGAACGCUUCCUGCAGCUAUGCAACGAAGACCCGCGCAUCUUCCCGUCCCCGGAGAAGCUUGAACGCCAGCAUCAAGAUUGUAACAUGCAGAUCGUACACAUGACCACUCCCUCCAAUUUGUUCCACGUCCUGCGCCGACAGAUGCACAGGCAGUUCCGCAAGCCUCUUAUCAUCAUCUUCUCCAAGGCUCUCCUUCGCCAUCCUCUUGCCCGUUCUGACGUCGAAGAAUUCGUCGGCGAGUCGGCGUUCCAGUGGAUCAUUGCCGACCCCGAACACAAGACGGGCGCUAUCAAGGCCCCCGAGGAGAUCAAGCGCGUCAUUCUCUGCUCUGGCCAGGUCUGGGCCGCGCUCCACAAGCACCGCGCCCAGCACAAGAUCGACGAUGUCGCCAUCACCCGCAUUGAGCAGCUGAAUCCCUUCCCCUGGCAGCAGCUAAGGGAGAACCUCGACAUGUACCCCAACGCGGAGACCGUCGUCUGGUGCCAGGAGGAGCCCCUCAACGCCGGUGCUUGGAGCUUUGCCCAGCCCCGUAUCGAGACCAUUCUCAACCAUACCGAACACCAUGAUCGCAAGCACGUCAUGUACGCCGGCCGCAACCCAAGCGCUUCCGUCGCCGCCGGUAACAAGGGUCUACAUACGAGGGAGGAGCAGGAGUUCCUGGACAUGGCCUUUAGCGUCAAGCAGGACAAGCUGAAGGGCCAGUAA